AUGGAGGGUAGUGACCGAUGGGCUUCGCCCAUGCCUGGCUCCGUUCUCCUGGGAGCGGCUGCGGUGUUAGCUUCGUUAUUAAUCCUUUUGUUAUUCAGAUGGUACUGCGGUAGCUCAAUCACGGCAAAAGGGAGGCUGCCGCCGGGGUCUAGGGGUCUCCCCGUCCUCGGGGAGACCCUCCAGUUCUUCGCCGGGAGCCCAUCUCUGGAGCUGCACCCGUUCUUCAAGCGACGCCUUGAAAGGUACGGCCCGAUUUUCAGGACGAAUUUGAUCGGUGUAGACCUCGUCGUCUCCCUCGACGCGGAGCUGAACAACCUGGUGUUCCAGCAAGACGAGAGGCUCUUUGAGAACUGGUGGCCGGAGUCGGUGAUGAGGAUCUUCGGCGCCGAGAGCAUCAUCCCAUCCAUGGGGUCCUUCCACAAGCACGCCAAGAACCUCAUCCUUCGGAUCUUCGGCCCCGAGAACCUCAGGCUGGUCCUGCUCCAGGACGUGCAGAGGACGGCUCAGGCGAGCCUGCUCUCGUGGCUUGACCUGCCAAGCGUCGAGCUCAAGGAGGCGACCUCCAGUAUGAUAUUCAGCGUGACGGCCAAGAGACUCAUCAGCUACGACUCCUCAAGCUCAGACGGGAAGCUGUGGAAACAGUUCGACGCGUUCAUUCGGGGGCUCCUAGCGUUUCCACUUUACAUUCCUGGGACAGCCUUCUACCAGUGUAUGCAGGGGCGAAAGGAAGUCAUGAAGAUACUGCGUAAACUUUUCGAUGAAAGGAAAAAGGCGCCUUCUCGACGGGAAAAAGUUGAUUUUAUUGAUCUCUUGAUCGACACUAUCAAGGAGGACAAGCUUGCAAUGAGGGACAAUUUUGCACUGAAUUUGAUCUUCCUACUGCUCUUCGCUGGGCAGGACGAACAUGAGAACAUUCGGAAAAGCAGGGCAAGUCCUGAUGCUGAAAUCACAUGGGCGGAAUACAAAUCCAUGAAAUUUACAUCUUGUGUCAUACAUGAGUCAUUAAGACUGGCUAAUAUAGCUCCGUUAUUAUUUAAGAAAGCAAGAGAGGAUGUUCACAUAAAAGCUUACACUAUCCCAAAAGGAUCAAAGGUCAUGGUCUGUCCUUCCAUUGUUCACCUUAAUCCUACUAUUUAUGAGGAUCCCAAUAUAUUCAAUCCUUGGAGGUGGAAGGAAAUCGCCGAGCCACUUGGUGGAGCCUCCAAAGACUUCAUGGCCUUCGGAGGAGGUUUGCGAUUAUGUGUUGGUGCUGAGUUUGCUAAGUUGCAACUGGCUAUGUUCCUCCAUUCCUUAGUUACUAAAUACACGUGGAAAGCGAUUAAGGGGGGUACCAUGGUGCUUUCUCCAGGGCUACGUUUUCCUGAUGGUUUUCACAUCCAGCUUAUCCGCAGAUCUUGA